GCACUGGACUACUUUAUCUACAUGCCUGUCUCCCAGGAGAUGGUCUCCUACCUCGCACUCAAGGCAUCACAAGUCAUACGCUGCGAAGGCCAACCGGAGCUAGACAAGAACCUCCUGCCUACGCCUCCGACUACGCCACCGCAGCAUGCCGCUGGCAACUACUUCGAGCCGCAGCUACCAUCAUUGGAGCUGUUCAUCACAGCUCUCAUCGACCGAUCACACGUUCAAGUGCCAACGCUCAUGUCAUCCUUGGUCUACCUCAGCAGGCUGCAGCAAAGACUGCCGCCUGUGGCCAAAGGCAUGAAGUGCACAGCUCACCGCAUCUUCCUGGCCUCCCUCAUCCUAGCAGCGAAGAAUCUGAACGACUCUUCACCGAAGAACAAGCAUUGGGCACGCUACACCGCGGUUCAGGGCUACGACAACUUCGGCUUCAGCUUGACCGAAGUCAACCUCAUGGAAAAGCAGCUUCUGGGCUUGCUUGACUUCGAUCUGAGAAUCACCGAAGAAGACCUUUACUGCCACUUCGAGCCGUUCCUUGCCCCAAUCCGGCUAUGGCAGGCACGGCAGGCGGAGAAGCAGCGCAUGCGCGAGGAGAUGGCCGCCCUCGAGCAGCAACGGCAGGUGGAGCUUGCUGUCGAGCAGCAACGGCGGACC